AUGUUGCAAUUACAGAAGCUCCUCAGCUCAAUCUUGCUAUACUUAGUGCCCAACAAGCUGAGAACUUAUCUCCCACCUUCUUGGUACCAACAACACCACGAACACAAAAGAGAGCUCACCCGAAUAAUGGACCCUGACGAGCUCGAACGAGUUUUCCAAAUGUUCGACCUCAACGGGGACGGGCGGAUCACAAGGGACGAGCUCAGCAGGUCCCUCGAGAACAUGGGCAUCUUCAUCCCGGACGAUGAGCUGGCGCACAUGAUCGCCAAGAUCGAUUCCGACGAGGACGGGUGUGUCGACAUGGACGAGUUCAGAGUCCUUUACCGAAACAUCAUAACUGAGGGAGAGGAGGAGAUGAGGGAUGCCUUCAACGUGUUUGACCUGAAUGGGGACGGCUUCAUAACGGUGGAUGAGCUGAGGUCAGUGCUGCCCGGGCUUGGGCUCCAGCAAGGGAGGGCGGCUGAGGACUGUAGGAAGAUGAUUAUGAAGGUGGAUGCAGAUGGAGAUGGGAGGGUCGAUUUUUCCGAGUUCAAGUGUAUGAUGAGAGGGGGAGGUUUUGCGUCAUUGCGUAACUGA